AUGAAGCCACUUGUGCACAAUUUUUUUGAGAAUACAGCAACUGUACAGCUUGAUCAUCGAAUACUUGCCACUGCAACAUUGUUUUCAAUUUGUGGCUUAUGCCUGCCUAGCAAUUCACGCCAUUUUCUGCAAUCCAAGAGUGAAUCAAGAAUGGCGGAGGAGAGCGUAAAGAAAUGGGUGUUGAUGGUGACGGCACAGACGCCGACGAACAUAGCGGUGAUUAAGUACUGGGGUAAGAGGGACGAGAAACUCAUUUUGCCCAUCAAUGAUAGCAUCAGCGUCACUCUUGACCCCUCCCACCUCUGCACCACCACAUCCGUCGCCGUCAGCCCUGAUUUCACCCACGAUCGCAUGUGGCUCAAUGGAAAGGAGAUGUCCCUUUCUGGAGGUAGAUACCAAAAUUGUUUAAGGGAACUUCGUGCACGUGCUAGUGAAGUUGAGGACGAGGAGAAAGGUAUUAAGAUCACAAAGAAGGAUUGGGAGAAGCUUCAUGUGCAUGUUGCUUCUUAUAACAAUUUUCCUACUGCUGCUGGAUUAGCUUCAUCAGCUGCUGGUUUUGCUUGCCUAGUUUUUAGCCUUGCUAAGCUAAUGAAUGUGAAAGAAGAUCAGAGUAAACUUUCUGCCAUAGCAAGGCAAGGUUCAGGAAGUGCUUGUCGCAGCCUGUAUGGUGGAUUUGUGAAGUGGAUCAUGGGAAAAGAGGAAGAUGGGAGUGACAGCGUGGCUGUUCAACUUGCAGAUGAGAAUCAUUGGGAUGACCUUGUGAUUAUCAUUGCUGUCGUAAGUUCACGGCAAAAGGAAACAAGUAGUACCUCAGGGAUGCUUGAGACAGUCGAAACCAGUAUGCUCAUACAGCAUAGAGCAAAGGAAGUAGUACCCAAACGCAUAAUUCAAAUGGAGGAAGCAAUAAAGAAUCGUGAUUUUCCAUCUUUUGCUCGUCUGUCUUGUGCUGACAGUAAUCAAUUUCACGCAGUCUGCCUGGAUACAAGCCCCCCUAUAUUCUACAUGAAUGACACAUCUCAUAGGAUAAUCAGCUGUGUUGAGAAAUGGAAUCGUUUUGAAGGAACCCCUCAGGUGGCUUAUACCUUUGAUGCUGGGCCAAAUGCAGUUCUCAUUUCUCAUAAUAGAAAGACUGCUGCCCUUCUGCUCCAGAGACUGCUCUUUCACUUCCCUCCUAACUCAGAUACCGACUUGAACAGUUAUGUUAUUGGUGACAAGACAAUUUUAAAAGAUGCGGGCAUUCAGAACAUGAAAGAUGUGGAAGCUUUGGCUCCGCCACCAGAGACUAAAGAUAACAUUCAAACACAGAAGUACAAGGGAGAUGUUAGUUACUUUAUCUGCACAAGACCCGGGAGAGGUCCAGUACUGCUAACCGAUGAAAGUCAAGCUCUUCUUGACCUCAAAACUGGGCUCCCCAAGUAA